AUGGUCAACACUAUUCACGACGUCAAGAUUGCCGUUAUCGGUGGCUCCGGCCUUUACAAGCUCGAAGGUCUUGAAGUCAUCGAAGAGGUCAAUCCCGAGACUCCUUGGGGUUAUGCCAGCGACAAAAUUGUCAUCUCCAAAACUCCCAGCGGAAACAAGAUUGCUUUCUUGGCUCGUCAUGGCCGUGGCCAUUACUUGACCCCCACUGAAGUACCUGUCCGUGCCAACAUUGCUGCCCUCAAGUCUCUUGGUGUGGAAGUCAUCCUCGCCUUCUCUGCUGUUGGAUCUCUCCGUGAAGAGAUUCCUCCUUGCGAUUUCGUCUUGCCCGAUCAAUUGAUUGACCGUACUCGUGGUCUUCGUCCCUCUACUUUCUUUGGUGAGGGUGUUGUCGCUCAUGCUGGAUUCGCUGAUCCUUUCCAUGCCGGUCUCUCUGAUUUGAUUGCCAAGCACGAAAAGGUCCUUGAGUUCGGUGCCAGAUUGCAUCAAAAGAAAACUGCUGUUUGUAUGGAGGGCCCUGCUUUCUCUACCCGUGCUGAAUCUCACAUGUAUCGUUCUUGGGGCGGUGAUGUGAUCAACAUGAGUGCUUUGCCCGAGUCCAAGCUGGCUCGUGAGGCUGAAAUUGCUUAUCAAAUGAUCUGUAUGUCUACAGAUUACGAUUGUUGGAGACAAAACGAGGAGGCUGUUACUGUCGAAACUGUUAUGCAAAACAUGGGUAACAAUGGUAAGAACGCAAAGACUUUGCUGCAUGCUCUUUUACCUGAUCUUGAGGAGGCUGUCAACAACGAUACUCUUGAACCCAAGUUAAAGGGAUCAAUGAAGUUUUCUGGAAUGACUGCCCCUGAAAAGAGAAACCCUGAAACUGUUCGCAAGUUAGAUUUCAUUUUGCCUGGUUACUUUUAA